AGCAUAUGGGUGGCGAGGCAAGGGAGUAAAGGGGCACGAGUGAAUAGAGGCUGUUGGGCUUUGGGGCCUUGUAAUAGGAAUAGGGCUAGUGGGCCGUUGGCCUCUCUAGUUGGAGUACGUACUUAUAGCACGACUCGUUCUCCAGAUCGGCAGCGAAGUUGUAAUCGAUAGCUCGCUCAUUCUAUCCCCUUUCCCAACUCUUUCUUCCACCUCAAGACAAGCCCACUCUGUAAUUGAAUUCCCCUACAGAGUGAAUUAUCCUGCGAUUUGUGAUCCUUAUCAAGUAAGGUUAUCACAGGCCUCGACCCUUCUGCGUUCGAAUUCCCGGAGCCCUAGGGUUUCGCUCCCGGCUAGAGGCGGGCGCCUGAUUCAUUCCUCUUCGUCGAGUCGAUUUUUCUGAUUAGCUUCCUGAGAGGAUCUGAGGUUAUGAGCUCAGGUGCAGCACUACUGCACACAGUAUUUCUCUGGUAAUGUGUAUCCUUCUGAAAGUUCUUUUGCAGUCGUCCGAUUCCACCUUCCAGUCAGUUUAGGAGAUAAGGAGAGACCCUUGUCCUGUAGAUCAUAUAUACACACAAUUGUGAUUUCAAGCAUCCCCUGCACAAAUCGAUGGAGAAAGCUUCUGUUUCGGAUGAUUCUCCAGAUUCGAGCACCGAUUGUGAUUGGUCCCAGCUUCAGGCUGACCUGCUCCUCCAGAUCUUUGGCACUCUCGAGAUCCCUGAUCUCUUCAGCUCAGGUGCGGUCUGUCGAUCAUGGCACCUCAUUUAUCUGGAGGCCCGCCGUCUCCAGCGGUGCUCGCCGAACCAGAGCCCCUGCCUUGUUUACUCGUCCAGCGACCGUGACGCUAACACGGUCACCCUGCAUAACAUGUCCACCAACAAGCUUUACCACGUCACUCUAUCGGAGCCUGCCUUCCGCACACGCCACGUCAUGGGCUCCUCCUACGGCUGGCUCAUCACCGCCGAUGAGCGGUCAAAUCUCAUACUAGUCAACCCUGUAACCAGAGCUCAGAUAGCUAUGCCUCCCCCUGAAACCAUGAACAAUGUUAGACUGCAGUACACUGAAGACGGUGUGCUAGACGGAUAUGAUGUUCUUUACAUGGAUCUGUUCUCUCGGGAUUUUGACACUGAAAUGGACCCGUACCAUCUUACACUUGAAGAAGCCCGCUUCUACCUCUAUGCGAGGGUCGCUCUUUCUUGUGAUCCCUCCCAUGGAAACUGCACAGUUCUCGUAGUACAAUUGCCAAAGGAUCAACUCUCUUAUACUAGGGUUGGGGACACCAAAUGGACUUGGAUUGAUGCAAAUCCAAAUUGUUGGGCUUAUCAAGAUAUACUUUAUAACAACAAUGAUGGUUUGUUUUAUGGUGUUCGUGGUAGGGGUGAGGUUGAUUCUAUUGAUCUUAAUGAACCUUCCGCUGAAGUGAAAGUUAUUUUGAAGCCGAUCAUAUCCUAUCAAGCGCAUAGUAGAUAUAUUGUUCAAGCCCCAUGGGGAGAUUUUUUCCAGAUAUGGAGGCAUGAUAAAUAUAAUAAGGAGAAUGGAAUAACAGAGCGGGUUGCAGACAAAUUUUAUGUGUACAAGAUUGAUUUUGCUAAACAAAAGCUCGUUGAAACAAAUAACAUCCAAGAUCUCGCAAUUUUCAUUGGUUACAACAGCUCAUUUAUGCUUCCAGUGAAAGACUUUUCUACGUUGAUUCCCAACAGCAUCUACCACACGGAUGACUUGCUGGAUUAUAUCUUCUGUCAAAGAUCUAGUCUUAGGCAGGCUGUUGUCUUUAAUACGAAAGAUAGCAGUUUCAUUGAGUUAUCGCCCCCUAGUUCAGAUUCAAGAUUGAACUGGCCACCCUCGGUUUGGAUUCAACCAUCACUUACUUGAGGCACCAGAGCAUUCACAUCUGAAGGUUCACAUCUUGGAAAACAAACUUAUCUUGAGAAGCUGCCUCCCUUGGUCAUCACAACAGUUCAAAUAACAAGAUUAGGGCCUCUGCUACGUCUAUUGUUUUAGUUGGUUCAGAGGAACUUGGGAUAUCAAUAACUGUUCGUGAGGCAAGUGUAAGGAAACUUUCCUUUUGGUGUACCACCCAUGCCGAUGAAUAUCUUUAGUUUAUGCAGACAGUUUGACCACUACUAGUCCACUGUUUCGGCAAAGGUUUAUUGCUGAUGGAAUUGAAACUUUGGUCAGGAUAGGUGUCCCAGUUAACGCUGUUAUCUCCUUGUGGUGGAACUGUCUGUUCUUUGGUCGGUACCUGACCUUGUUCAUUAUAGGUGCACUUGUUGGAGAAAAUUUUGCCGUCAAGCAAAUCUUUCCCUUCCUUAGGAUUCUUGCUAUAUUCUCAUGUAUCGAUUCCUCCAAGAUGAGUAAUCCAGUGUCUGCAACAUAGUUGGAACUUCUUUGCUCUAAUUGAUGAUGGCUUUUCUGCUUUUGAAAGCCUUGUACUCAA